AUGUCAUCCCCAAAACAGGCCGAAGACUAUACCAUUGGCUGGAUCGCUGCCCUUCACAAGGAGCUCACAGCAGCGUGGGCUGUGGUUGAUGAGGAGCAUGCAGAGCCCGAAGACUUCACCGCGCAUCCCAAAGAUACGAACAGUUAUGUUUGGGGUCGGAUUGGGGACCACAACAUCGUCAUCGCGUCACUGGCAGACGGCAAGACAGGAAAUGUGUCGGCAGCCACUACGGCGAUGAGCAUGACCAGCUCUCUUCCUCAUCUCCGAUUUGGUCUCAUGGUUGGAAUCGGUGCUGGCAUUCCUAGGCUCGCAGAAGAUAUCGACAUCCGUCUCGGAGACGUUGUUGUCAGCACAUCCGUUGGUUCGAGUCCGGCGGUUGUUCAAUACGACUUGGGAAAGCAAAAGGACGAUCAGUUCGAGCUGAAGGGCGCUCUUGCUAACCCGCCCGAUGUCCUUCAAAAAGGGCUGACCAAAUUGAGGUCUAAACAGAGAAUGGAAGGAUCUCAGAUAUCUACUAUUCUCGAUCAGAUGAUUCGGAACAAACCAAAUCUGGCAAAGGCGAAAGGGGACGAUGCCGCCUUCUUUACCAAGGGGCACAGAACGACCGCCUUUUUGAGGCUUCGUCAGGAUGGCCAAAAAGCUGCUGAACGGACUGGAUCCUGCGUGAACUGCGACCUCAAGAAAGAAAUCGUCCGGCAAAAACGGGAAUCCACCGAACCCGAAGUUCAUUACGGCGUCAUUGCGUCCGGUGACUCGGUCGUCAAGGGUGGCGUUUCUAGAGACGAGAUCCUUCGCAGACUGGAUGGAAAUUGCAUGUGCAUCGAAAUGGAGGCGGAUGGCCUGAUGGAUCACUUCCCCUGCCUCGUAGUACGCGGGAUUUGCGACUACGCAGACAUGCACAAGAACGACCAAUGGCAGAACUACGCGGCGGCGACGGCGGCCGCGUUCACGAAGGAACUUUUGCAGGUCCUGGAUGCGAAGAACGUGGAAAAGUCGCGGAGGAUAGAUCAGUUUAUGGGAAAGAUAAACGAAAACAUCUCCCAAGUGCACCAAACCACCAGGGCCAUCCAAGAUGACUUGCAUUUUCAGCAGCUUAAGCAGUGGAUCUCUGCACCGGAUCCAUCAAUAAACUACAACAAGGCCUUGGGACAACGGCAUGAAGGUACCGGCAAGUGGUUCCUCGACAAUGGAGAGUAUUCAAACUGGAAAACGGCACCGGGCUCUUCAUCUCUCUGGCUUCACGGCUUUCCUGGUUGUGGGAAGACAAUUUUGAUCUCGACAAUCGUCCAGGACCUCAUCCAUAAUGAUCCCUGUACGGACAGAUGUGUCUAUUUCUACUUCGACUUCAACUAUGCCAGCACAACGUCCUUUGAGCAUGCAAUUCGGUCUCUCGUAAUCCAGGUGUACACCAAGUUUCCCAACGCUCGGGAGCCCUUGGAUUCUCUCCAUUCUCUGUUCAUGCAAAGAGCACAGCAGCCAGGCCUUGAGGUCCUAUGCAAGGCCUUUGAGACUAUGGUUCAGCAAACUGGUGAAAUUUGGAUCGUCAUUGACGCUCUUGACGAAUGCAAGACAGGAAACGGCGCCGCGAAGGGGCGUUUACUGUCGUGGAUCAAAAGCGUCUUAAAUCUUCCGAAGUCGACCUUACACUUGAUUGCUGCCAGUCGUCCAGAAGCUGACAUAGAGCUGGUCUUGAAGGAUUCGACUGAUUAUCAGGUGUCCAUACAAAGCGACCUGGUUUCAGACGACAUAUGUUCCUAUAUCCAAGGACGACUCGAAUGUGGAGGCCUCGACAGAUGGGACCCAGAAGAACACGACGAAGCUCGACGCAAGAUCGAAAGCAAUCUGAUCAAGAAAUCCAAUGGAAUGUUUCGUUGGGUCCAGUGCCAACUAGAUGCUCUCGAGGGUUGCUUAAAUGAAGCCGAACUCGACAGCGCUCUCAACAGACUCCCGAAAACUCUAGAUGAAACCUACAAACGAAUAUGGGAUAACGUGCCGUCCACGAAAAAAGACACCGCCAGGAAGAUCCUGCAAUUUCUUGCCUUCUCCGAACGACCUCUACGACUGAAGGAAGCUGCUGAUGCCAUCGUCGUUUUCCCCACCAACAAACCCAGGUUCGACACCAAGAACAGAAUGCCGAGACCCAGAGAGAUUACCAACUACUGUUCAAGCUUGAUAAUUGUGUCGCCUGGGGAAAACGGAGUGGAAGAAGUGCAACUUGCACACCUCUCGGUCAAGGAGUUCUUGGUCUCGAACGACUGCAUUUCUCAACACUUCACGGAACCUUCAGCUAGGGGUCUCAUUGCGGAAGUCUGUCUCGUGUACCUGUUGGAAUUGGAUCACAGCGCUGAGCUCAAAGACGUACGACGCCGGUUCCCACUAGCGCAGUAUGCUUCACAGUACUGGAUGAAACAUGCCAUCUCAUCCGAUACCGGCACUGUUCGCGAGCUCAUCGUAGAGUUUUUGCGCAGCAGGAACGCCUACACAACCUGCUUCCGACUGCAUGGUCCCGAUAGGCAGUUGGAAGGGCGUCCCAGCGUCAACGAUACUCCUGUGCUACACAACGUGGCCCACGGCGGCGUUGAGUACGCUGUAGAGGAAGCACUGAAGAACGGCGCGGAUGUCAACGAACAAGGGGGUCGUUUCGCGAACGCUCUUCAGGCCGCUUCAGGAAUGGGCCAUGAGGGGGUUGUCCGGAUACUUCUCGAUCACGGAGCGGAUGUCAACGCCGUUGGCGGAUUAUGGGGCAACGCCCUCGCGGCCGCUUCAUGGGCGGAAACUGGAAAAGUAGCCAAGAUGCUCCUUGAGCGCGGGGCAGCUGUCAGCACACCAGGCGGUCAAUACGGGAAAGCUAUUCAAGUUGCUUCACUCGCCGGCAAUGAAGAGGUUGUCCGAAUUCUCAUCGAAAACGGCGCCGACAUGUAUGAGUCGAGCGGUACUCAUGGCACCGCCCUCAACGCAGCUGCGUUUGGGGGUAAAGAGGAAGUCGUUGACUUGCUCAUUAGGCAAGACGAAUCUAUCAUCAACAAGCCUGGUGAGGAUGGAUUGACACCUGUGUGGCAUGCGCUGUUCAACCGCCAGGUGGACAUAGUCGAGCUUCUCCUGGAGAAGGGGGCUGACGCAACGGUGAAGCACAUGGGUGGCCUGACACUCCUGCAUGGCGCGGCAUCAAUCGGGCACUUCAAGAUGUUCAAGGUCAUCUUAGACAUGACAGGUCUGGAUCCAGAAGACGUAGACCCGGCUACCGGGUGGACGGCACUAGCGUGUGCAGCGUGGAGCGGCGGCGAGCAGAUUGUUCAGCUCCUGCUUGAGAAGCAACUCAGCAAUCCCCUCACGAAAGAUGUGCUCGGCAGAACGCCUCUAUUUCACGCAUCUUUCCACGGACACGCCGAAUUAUUCAACUGUAUUCUGCAGAGUGCUCGCGAAGCCGUGGACUUGAAAGAUUACUACGGCGUAACUCCUCUCUCGGUAGCGGCUAGAAAAGGCCGCGUGGAGGUCGUGAAGGCCCUCUUGGCCACAGACGCUGUCCAAAUAGACUCUCGGGACUUCAACGACAAGACGCCCCUGUGGUGGGCGAAAAGAUGCGGACAUGACUGUUUCCACAAAGGUGGUACUUGUCCGGAGCAUCAUGAGCUUGUCCAGGGCGAGAGGGAGGACUGGUAG